UCGCAUCACACCAACCAAAAUCGAAUCGCGUCGGCUCCGGCCCCCCCCCCCCCCCCCCCCCACGCGCCGCUGUUCGCGCCCAUCAUGAGCACCCCCUCCGGCGACGGCGGGGACGCCGCCGGCGGCGGCGGCGAUGGCGCUUCGUCCGCCGCCGCGGCGAGCGCCGGGAGGCGGAUCCCGCCCGCGUCGUCCAUGCCGUGGGUCCGCAACCUCCGCCGCUUCGUCGGCACGGGCGCCGGCCUCGGAUCCGAAGCCUUGAUGGAACUGGAAACAAAAAGGAUACUGCUUGAGAUUUUCAAGGAGCGCCAACGGAAGAGUAUGGAAGCUGGUGCUAUCCCAAGUUUUUAUAAGAAGAAACCAGAAGAUGGAUCCAUUAGCCAUAGAGUUCAGAAACUGGCAAAAUACAGGUUUCUAAAGAAACAAUCUGAACUUCUGCUUAAUGCUGAUGAUCUUGAUGCGAUGUGGGUUUGUCUCAGAGAAAAUUGCGUUAUUGAUGAUGCUACAGGUGCUGAAAAGAUGAACUAUGAAGAUUUUUGCCAUAUUGCCACAGUGUGCACAGAGCAGAUUGGUCAGAAGUGCAAACGUUUCUUCAGCCCUUCAAACUUUAUGAAGUUUGAGAAGGACGAUUCUGGGAGAAUUGCAAUCUUACCCUUUUACCUUUAUGUCAUGCGAACAGUAUCGCUUACACAAGCGAGAAUUGAUAUGAGUGAGCUCGAUGAGGAUUCUGAUGGUUUCCUUCAACCUCAUGAAAUGGAAGCAUACAUAAGAGGGCUCAUCCCCAAUUUGGCACAAUUGCGUGAUAUGCCAUCAGCAUUUGUGCAAAUGUACUGCCGAAUAGCUGCACGCAAGUUCUUUUUCUUCUGUGAUCCACACAGACGAGGGAAAGCAUGCAUAAAGAAGGUAUUGCUGAGCAAUUGUCUUCAGGAACUAAUGGAACUACAUCAGGAGAGUGAGGAAGAAGUUACUGAUACUGAGCAGGCUGAAAAUUGGUUUUCUCUGACUUCAGCUCAGCGCAUUUGUGAUAUGUUUCUUGCAUUAGAUAAAGAUACAAAUGGCACAUUGAGCAAACAGGAGUUAAAGGAAUAUGCAGAUGGCACAUUGACAGAUAUCUUCAUCGAAAGAGUUUUUGAUGAACAUGUACGUCGGAGCAAAGUUGGAGGUGGUAACAGUCGUGAGAUGGACUUUGAAAGCUUUCUUGACUUUGUUCUGGCUCUAGAAAACAAAGAUACUCCUGAAGGAUUGACAUACCUAUUCAGAUGCCUUGAUCUUAAUGGAAGGGGAUUCUUGACAACUGCUGAUAUCCAUACUUUGUUUAGAGAUGUACACCAGAAAUGGAUAGAAGGAGGAAACUAUGAACUUUGCAUCGAAGACGUGAGGGAUGAAAUCUGGGACAUGGUGAAGCCAGCAGAUCCUCUCCGGAUCGCACUAAACGAUCUUCUCUCUUGCAAGCAAGGUGGGACUAUUGCCAGCAUGCUUAUAGAUGUACGUGGCUUCUGGGCGCACGACAACAGAGAGAACCUCCUCCAGGAAGAGGAAGAGCAAGUGGAAGAAGCCUGAGUUCUCCAGUUGCCAAGCACCCAAUCUGGUAAACUCAACCGCAAGGCAUGUGCAAUUGCUUGUACCACUCUGUGUGUCUGUGUUAUUGUAGCUUACGUAGCAUAUUAGAUAAGUUCUUCCUGUUCGCUGAGAGACUUGUUGUAACCUGUAAGUGUUCCAUUUAUGUAACCGGAGUGAAAUCUGACAUAUUUGAGUUGAACAUGGUGUUGUUGUCGCGCCUACUAGCUGUAUACCUUAGGGCUUUGGUUGGAUGCCCAAAGUAAAGCCUCAGUCUGUUGGAAUUUGUACA